UAUAUAAAUAUUGAUCGCUACGAGAACCAAAGUUCAAUUUGUUGAAUAAUAAAUAUUGUAGGAAAGAUUUGGUUUAAUUUUGCAUAAAAUUAGACGUUGCGCUGGUUGACAAAUGGAUUCAAAAAUGUUGAAGAAAAGCGUGUGGAAAGCCCCUUACAUGGUUUCGAUCGUUACACUUCUGUUGACAUCGUCAGUCAAUUUCGUGAAAACGGCUCCAAAUGGCUUUUUUGACAUGAUAAUCUUGCAUAGCAAUGACAUGCACGCCCGAUUUUUGCCAAUAGAUUCCUCAAUGGAAUCACAUCAAGGCUCUCAUCACAAUUCAACUGGAGGUUAUGGUGGUUUUGCGCGGGUUUCGUAUGUUGUAAAGCAAUAUCGGCGCGCAAAUAAGAAUGGCGGUGUUCCGGUUAUGUAUCUUGAUGCGGGCGACAUCUUCAUGGGAUCUCGUUGGUUUAAUUUAUUCCACUACAAAGUCACCGCCGAUUUUAUGAACAUUUUAAAUCCAGACGCAAUGUGUUUGGGCAACCAUGAAUUUGACUAUGGAAUAGAUACACUGAUACCAUUUUUGAAUCGAGUGAAAUUCCCAGUUUUAUUUGCAAACAUUGCAAACUACGACCAUCCUUUAUAUCGAACAAGAUCUCUAAUGCCAUCGGCCAUUUUUCGUGUAAAAGGGCAUAAAAUCGGUGUCAUUGGUUAUUUAACGCCAGAAACAAAGGAAAAAGCGCCAGGAUGUGAUGUUGAAUUCUCUCUUGAGAUACUUGCAGUCAACCAAGAAGCAAGAGCAUUACAAAGGCAUGGUGUCAAUAUUAUCAUAGCGCUCGGUCAUUCCGGUUUUAAAAGAGAUCUGGAAAUAGCUGCCAACUGUCCUCUCGUUGAUCUUGUAAUCGGCGGACACACUCACAAAUUUUUGUAUACAGGUCAACAGCCUGACAAAGAAAAAAUUGAGGCGCCUUAUCCAACUGUUAUCCAACAAAGAAACGGAAAAAAAGUUCCCGUUGUGACUGCUUUUGCUUACACAAAAUAUUUAGGUCAAUUGCAAUUACGCUUUGAUUACAGAGGAAAUUUGAUAAGCUGGGCGGGAAAGCCAAUCCUACUUAGCUCAAGUGUACCACAAGACCCCGAAGUACUUGCCUUGCAGAAGGAAUAUAGUGAAAGAGAAGCAUUUUAUUCAGGACCUCCAAUUGGAGAAAGCAAACUUCAACUAAGCGACUUGAGGUGCCGUCUCAUGGAAUGUGGUUUGGGCAAUAUGCUGACUGAUUCAUUCGUAAUUGCUGCGAAAGAUGUCAAUAACACUCAUGUUGCUCUAAUUACAAGCGGAGCCAUUCGAAGUGGCUUAAGAAAUGGAACCAUCACUCGAAUCGAUUUAGAAGAAAUAAUUCCGUUCAGAGAUUCAUUGGUUAUCGUUAAUAUUUCAGGCAGAUUGCUACUUCAAGCUCUCGAAUAUUCUGUGCGAAAAUAUUGUGAACAACGAUUUAUCGGAACAUUUUUGCAAAUGUCUGGACUGCGUGUGGUUUUCAGUGUCGAUAAACAUCCCGGAAAUCGCGUUGUUUCAGUGAAAAUUCGCACAUCAGAAUCAACAUACGAAAAAGUCGACUUGCUCAAGAAUUAUAAUGUCGUAAUCACAUCUUUUAUGUUCCGACAAAAUUUCGGAUAUAAUAUGUUCAAAAGAUGUAGGUCAAAGUUAUUGUCGAUAUCGACCAUGGAUGCUUUUAAAAAUUACAUUGAGUUUGUUCAAGUGAUAAAUCCUCUGCAUGUACACGAAGGGCGUAUUAAAGUUCUCAACCAACCUCCGCUGCAGCCUAAUUCACCUCCGUAUCAUUCACAAAACUAAUCAAGGAGAGAGAACAUUUUGAUUACAAUGAAUUAAUAAAUUACUCGAAGGAAGAGAAUCUUUGCUUGUUCGAUCAGAAGAUCAGUACCAAUAAAAAACGACUAUUAUUCAAGAAA